AUGGGAUCAUCAUAUUUCAAAGGUUGUAUUUUUCCAGAAGAAAUAAAGAUGAACAUCAAAGUACAACCCUUUCCAAAAAAUGUUGUCAACCAAGAGUUAGUCUUAGACACAUACUUGGGAAUCAGUACUGGAAAGGAUUCAUCGGGUACUAGUACUCGCCACUACUUUGUUUUAGUAGACAUCCGUGGAGAAUCAAAUGAUGAAUUAGUAAUAGGAAUGGAGUUCCAUUUGAAUUUGCCAAAUCAUGGUACAUCAUUGGAAGUAGGUUUUUCUUCAUGCCGUGGUUGCCGUUCCUCAAGUCACACAAAGCUCAUUCGUCUUGGAAAGUUACCAUCUGUCAUUCUUGAGGGAAGCCAACAAGUGGACUGUACCAAGCCAAGUCUCCUGUGCUCUUGGGCUCUCGCAAGAUACAAUUUCUUCAUUGAGAAUGUAUGCAAUGGAGAGACAGUAUGGGGUUCUGAGUUGCAAGCGAUGUUUAUACCUGGUAUAGUUGACAUUUUCGCUGAUUUCCAAGAAACUAAAUUCAUAUCAAAAAAUUAG